AUGACAAAACGACGGCCAAAGAACAAAAAGCCAAAUGGUGUUAAUUUGUCGUUGGGUAAUUCAUUGGCGAAUUAUCGCGAACAGCAGCGAUUGCAAUUUCAUGAAGCAAAAAUCAAACUGAAUAGCGAAAAAAUUAAUAAUCCGAUCUACAAAAAAGUUUCGAAUAAAAAUAUUGAAUCUGUUACGCAGGAAACAGAUUUAGCCGAGUUCCUUGCUAAAGUUGAACUUGCUAAUACUGAUUUUACUGCAGAAAAGGGAGACAUUCGUCUCAAAAGUGCGGUUUAUGUGGUCCCAUCAAAAAUAGAUAUUCUUUCAAGCGUAGAACUGCAAAAGCGUUAUGCUGAACGGUUGAAAAUACCGCGAAGACCAAAGAAAGAUUUAUGGCAGAAUGCAGAAGAACUAAUCAGCAUCGAAAAUAAAAAUUUUUUGGAAUGGCGCAUGCAACUUUCUGAAUUACAAAAAGUUAUUGAUGGUGUGGUUUUAACUCCUUUCGAACGAAAUAUCGAAGUAUGGAGGCAGCUGUGGCGGGUUGUUGAAAGAUCCGAUAUAAUAAUUCAAAUUGUUGAUGCUAGAAAUCCUUUGUUAUUUCGAAGCUUGGAUCUUGAAAAAUACGUUAAUGAAUGCGAAAUAGGCAAACAGAAUUUGCUUUUAAUUAAUAAAAUUGAUCUUCUAACAUGUGAACAGUUAAAUAUAUGGAGGAAAUGGAUGUAUGAUAAUGGAAUCGAAGCAGUUUUUUGUGCAUAUUUGAAUAUCUUGAUUAAAAAUUUUCAUUUACUAGGAGUUUAUUAUUUCUGGUUAAGCUCGCUCCAUUUGUUUGAACUUAUUGCAUUCUUGAAAAAGCGAGGACACUGUAUGCAUGAGAAUGGGAGUCGACCGUUGGUGGUGGGAUUGGUUGGUUAUCCAAAUGUCGGCAAAAGUUCUACAAUAAAUCGAAUACUCGGUCAAAAAAAAGUUUCUGUUUCUAGUACACCUGGUAAAACUCGACAUUUUCAAACUAUAAAUAUUGAUUCUGAGCUAAUACUUUGUGAUUGUCCUGGUCUUGUAAUGCCAUCUUUCGCAUUCAGUCACAGUGAAAUGAUUCUUAAUGGAAUUUUGUCUGUGAAUCAUAUGCGCGAUUAUUUCGGCCCUAUAGCCUUAUUACAGUCCAGAAUUCCGGUGCACCAUUUCGAAAAGGCUUAUUCUUUGAUUCUUCCGACUUCGAAAGAGGGAAUGAAUAAAACGGUUGAAACACAAGAACUUUUAACUGCGAUAGCCUUCAUGAGAGGUUUCAUGUCACCAUCAGGUAUACCAGAUUGCUCUCGUGCUGCACGUCUGUUAAUCAAAGAUGUUGUUAGCGGCAAAUUGAAAUGGGUUGCAGCACCACCAGAUGUUGAUCAGAGUUGUUUCGAUGGACUUAUAUAUGAUGAUGAUGUCGUCGAAAAACUUGAAAAAAAUGGAAGAGAAGAAAAUUCCAAUAUUGAUCGAGAAUUUUUUUCAAGUUCUACACCUGCUGCACAUAUACGGAAUAUGCGAUCACUCCCCUUGGAUCAUGGACAAGUAGGUAUGGUACCAAAAUCUAAGAAACAUUAUAACAGAGGAAAGAAGGAAAAAUUGAGGAGAGUAUAUGCAGAUUUGAAUAUUUAA